UUCGUCGGACCUGAAGCAGUGGUACAGAUUGACAGAACGAUGAAGUGGCUCGGUGCGAGUAGCGCUGGUGCUGCGGGUGAACCGGCACCUUCUAUGCAAUUGCACCAUCCUUCCGCGAAUGGACACAUACCCACAGAUACAGAACAAUGUGGGCAAGUAAUGGCUGGUGGUGAUAGUAUGCGUAUACAACCUGGUCAAACACAUCAAAUUGGUGUGAAUAGAACUCAAGAUGAUGCCAUGGUUGGUUACGUAUUUCAACGACCUACAGAAGCAGAAUUCAAUGCCCAGUCUUCAGCUUUCCAAACAAAACAAGCACCACGUGCUUGGGCCCUUGCAGAUGAUGCUAUUAUUGAUAAUAAUCCAGAAAAAUGGAAAUAUCCCAUUACUAAACUGAGUGUACCACAACAGAAUCAACCACAACAAUUGGGUCUGCAAACUAUGAACAAUGUUCAUUUACCUUAUGAAAUCCAUCCAAUGCAACUUAAAAGUGGAGCACCAGGAACAGAACAUUUAGUUUACCUUAAUAAUCAAAUGACAGCACAGCAACAAGUUGCCCUCUUUCAUCAUCAACAGCAGCAACAACAACAACAACAACAAUUCAGAAAUGGCCAGGUGACGCGCCGUGCCGAGGGUACCUUGGAGACGGUGGAGAGUUUCGGUGUAGGGUACGGCCAGGGAGCAGGUACGAGCACAGGCGACUGGAUGAAACCACCGGGGGAUCUUUUCCUUUACUGCGACAUGAAGGAUUUGGGGGCCGACAUGAUCGCUCCCUCGGCAAAAAAGCUUUGGGGCGUGGACGAGGGCGGCUCCAAGGACGAAGGGGGUGUAAAAGGCGGUGGGAUACUUCACUUGGGCGACCACCAGAUGUGGCGAGAUUCUACUUGGAGCACCUCGGACCAUGCCGUCUCACAACCGAUCUCCAUGGGCACAGGUAGGCGUGUGGGUGUCGGGACUGGUUAUCAUCAUCAAACAUCAGAAGUUGGAACGGUCCUUAGCCCCAGAAGCAGUGAAACGGGUGGUCUGGGGGUUAAAAUGGUCGAAUACGUCCUCGGGUCGAGCCCUACGACACCUAAAGAUUUGGAACCCAGAAUGGUUUCUCUGAGAUUGAACACUGAUGCAGACAAGAAAGAAAAAGAGAAGGGCUCGGCAAGUCCGUUUGACAGUUCUAAAGAUGACACAGGUCCACAAAACAAUGGAUUAACAUCUCAAAAUGGUCUUGAUGACGACAAAGGAUUUAAUCGUACACCCGGGAGUCGACAACCUUCUCCGGGCGAAGAAGAAUUUCAGAAGAACGCAGCAACGACUCUUGUGAGCGCUGGAGGUGGCGGAGUCGUGUUAUUGAAACCUGGCGUCGAUGUGGUUGGAAGCGAAGAACAUUUCAUGGCCGCCUUUGCAGCGGCUCCGCCGCAUCAUUUGCAACAUCAUCAAGCUCCACCGACGCAUCAUCUUCAGCACCCGCACUCGCAUGCGGCGCAACUCUUUGGUGCACAGGCUCCGCCACCCCCACAGGGCCCGCCACCUUCGCAACAACAACAACAGCAACAGGGGCCCCCACAGGCGCAAGACACCACCACUCACUUUGAUGUUCAGCAACUGUUCCGAAGUCAGCCUCAAGGAGCCACGCCACAGCAGUUGCAGCUCCUGCAGCAACAACAGCAGCAGCAGCAGCAGCAGUACCUAGCCGCCUCGCAAGCUCAACAACAACAACAGCAACAACAACAACAGAACUUUCCCACAGCACCGUAUACUGUAAUCAGCGGACAAGAACCAUAUGUCGGAGCAUUGAUAGCCGGUGCACCACCUCCAGUGGUGCCGCAGUAUUAUGGAGUAGCGCCAUGGGUUUAUCCAGCCGGAUUGUUACCGCAGGCACCUCCUCAAGCUGCCGCUCCGCCGCCGCCUAGGCGACCAUUGACGCCAUCCUCGGCUGCUGCAGCAGCUGCUGUUCAAGACACUGCAAAUAAUUUGGCUCAAACUGUUCAAGGCCAAUAUCAGGUGAUACCAGCGUAUUACGAUCAAAAUGGGUCUAUCGUGAUGGGCGGAGUGCGUGGGUUAAGUUCCGCGGCAACCCCUAUGAGAUUAGUCAGUCCGGCGCCAGUUUUGGUAAACAGAGCUCCGUCACAACCACCACCUGGACCACCGGCUCCACCACCACCAAGUCUAUAUUCUCAGCCAACUCCUACGUCCCAUAGUAACGCAACACCUGGAGAAUGUUUGGGUCUGGCGGCGUGCAGUGCAGCAGCAGUGGUUGCACAGGCUCAAGCAGUCGCGGUGCAGCAGGCACAACAGCAAGGAUCAGGACUAGCCGCAGGUUUAGCGGCACUAGGAUAUGGCGGCUCCCCUCUGGGAGCACUAGGCUCGCCCGCUCAGCUUCAGAGUACAGGUCUAGGUCUUGGCGCUUCUUCGACCGCCCGGAGAGAUUCGUUCGAUAGAAAUACAUCUGCUUUCAGCCCUAGCUUGGAGUACAGCCGUGCAAAAUGGCCUCAAAGUUACGGAGCCCUAGGCACGGUAACUGCAUCGCCAAGCCCAUUAGGAUUAUCCUUAACACCACCGCCAACUUUGGGAGGAUCUUUAGGUGGACUAGUCGGUGGAGCAAGUCGGGUAUCCGCUGCCCCCGGCGCUGAAGCCAAGUUCCGUGCUAGCGCAGUUCCAGCUUUAACAGCCAAUGGGGUCUUCGGCUCUAGUAGCUCUCUUUUCCCGAACUUGGUGGGCAAACCUGGCCGCAGCGGUACGACCAGCAUCGGAGACAAAAAUGCCGGUGGACGAUCACGUUUGUUAGAAGACUUUAGGAAUAACCGAUUCCCGAGUCUUCAGCUACGUGAUUUGGCCAAUCACAUAGUUGAAUUCAGUCAAGAUCAGCAUGGUUCCCGUUUUAUUCAGCAGAAAUUAGAACGUGCUUCGGCUAGCGAAAAACAACUUGUGUUCCAAGAGAUCCUUACUUCUGCUUAUUCAUUGAUGACCGACGUUUUCGGGAAUUAUGUUAUUCAGAAAUUCUUCGAGUUUGGUACGCCGGAACAAAAAUCCACCCUUGCCCAGAAGGUUCGAGGACACGUACUGCCUUUGGCACUGCAAAUGUACGGUUGUAGAGUGAUUCAGAAAGCUCUCGAAUCGAUCGGACCAGAACAGCAACAAGAGAUUGUCCGUGAACUGGACGGGCACGUUCUGAAAUGCGUUAAAGAUCAAAAUGGAAAUCACGUUGUGCAAAAAUGCAUCGAGUGCGUUGAACCACGAGCACUACAAUUCGUAAUAGGAGCUUUUGCUGGUCAAGUAUAUUCCUUGAGUACGCAUCCCUACGGUUGCAGAGUAAUUCAACGUAUUCUCGAACAUUGCACUACUGAACAAACUCAGGGCAUUCUUCAAGAGUUACACGCUGCAACUGACCAACUUAUACAAGAUCAAUAUGGAAAUUACGUGAUCCAACAUGUGCUUGAACAUGGCAAGGCCGAAGACAAGGCACAGUUAAUCAGCAGUGUUAGGGGUAAAGUACUUACUCUCUCUCAACAUAAAUUUGCGAGCAACGUCGUUGAAAAGUGCGUGACCCAUGCUACAAGACAAGAGCGUGCUGUACUCAUUGAAGAAGUAUGCGGAUUUAACGACAACGCAUUGAACGUUAUGAUGAAGGAUCAGUAUGCCAACUACGUGGUUCAGAAAAUGAUCGAUGUAGCAGAACCAGCACAACGUAAAGUAUUGAUGCACAAGAUCCGCCCACAUUUAGGUAGCUUGCGCAAGUACACCUAUGGCAAGCACAUCAUUGUCAAGCUGGAGAAAUUCUUCAUGAAAACUGCAUCCGCGAUGGGGGUAGCAACACCUACAGGUGCUACGAGUGGUGGAGGUGAUCUUGGUCCUAUUGGACCGCCUGCUUCUGCUGCUGGUGCAGUAUCUACACCAGCUCAGCAGCCAACGCAGGUUUUAUAAGCGUACGGUUUCGGAAAGUAACAACUUGAGGAUCUUCGUACGUUCAAAAAAACACGUACUAAGAUCUACAUAAUAUUUAUGCAACGUAUCUAUCGCCAUUAAACAUAUAAUGGACGAGAAAAAAAAAAAUGCAUUUCAAUGUGCCGCUUGUCACGUUGUCCCUUCUUGAAACUAUAAAGCUGAAAGAAGAGAACACACGCGUAUCCAUUUAAGACAAAAAAAAAAAAAAAAAAAGAAGAGAACUACCGAGAUAAUUUUUCUUAUUUUUGCAAAACCAUAAAGAACGAGAGACGCUAACAAUUUGUACAGAUUAACAAGAAUGGACAACGCGAAAUUACGGUACGAGAAGAACGAAUUUUUAGGUCAAAUGUGUGUCAGGAAAAAUCAACUUCUAAAAUAACGUUAGUACAGUGCAUUUUUUCUAUUAGUAAUCAAACGUGCUGUCGAGUAAUAUAUCAAUAGCGAUUUACAUUGAAAUGUCGCGAAAGUUGCAUUAAUAACGUUCGAGAGCCGAGUUUCUUCACACGUGCUGGAUAAGCUUCGAGCAACUAUAUAAAAGGAACUAGUGCUGAGAUCGCUGAUUGUAUUUUAAACGCCACUCAUUUUCAAUGAGUUUUAGAACAGUUUUAACGGCAUGAUAGUUUCAACAAUUUAUAACAUACUUUCCCCUCAUUUUGAGUAAAAUCGUUAGUGAAACCUCUUUAAACUCAGCACCCUUUUGAAAGAGCAUAGGCUCUGUCCUCUGGCAAACAUUUAAACACCUAUGAGAAAAGCAUAAAACAAUGAAUGAGCAAGAGGAGAAGUUAAGUGAGUCAUACGGCUCGUCGCGAUUAAAACUCGGUAAUAAAAACAAAAAUUUUGAAGAAGAGAAAAUUGUGUUUAGACAGCUAGGAUAGAUCUUAGAGCUGCAUGCAUUUAUAUCGAGUUGUAAUGAGGGUGCGAUGGCCGUUAACACCAUGCACGAAAAUGUCUUGAUCGCAAGUGUACCGUACUAUCUUCGCGCGCUGAAAAUAGUGUUUGUGCGGUAUACGUCCGAUCAUUGAAUCAAUAUCGAUUCAGAUUCGAUAGAGGUUAGGAGCUACAGAUAUGUUGAUUAAAUCUAGCAUAGCAUUUGACAUGGGAAUGAAGCUGAGUACCCCUGACCUGACCGCUAAUCUGCCCCCUUGACUGCUUCAAAUUGUUCGCAAAAGAAAGAAAAAAAAGAAAGAAAAGAGGAGAAAAGAGAAAUCGAUUUUAUUACUCGUUCUACGUUUAUAAGAAUUUGGAAGAUGAAUCAGUAUAUUAUGUAUAUGUGUGUAUUUCUCUCGAAGACAGAAUUUAACAAGAGAUGAAAAGAAUGAAACUAAAAGACAGAAACAAAACAAUGAGGAGAGACAUCAAGUCGUUAGCACGGUUCUCCUUUGUUCAUUUUUACGUUUGUCGCUCUAGAGCGCGAAGCAUUUUUUUUUCUACUCUCUUACAUCCUUUUUGCAUCCCUUUUCUCCCGAUCCUUGCCCCUCCGCCCUGUUUCUCCUUUCUCCUAUUCCCGAGAUCCCCAAAUUUUGUAAAUUGUGAUAUAAAUAAAUAACAAAUGUGUAUAGGUACGACGUGACAACCUUAUCGUGAGGAACCGUAAAUUCAAUGAAUAUUUUAUUUUUCACGGGAAUUCUCUCCUUUUUAACGCACUUUGUGAAUAUCGUGUAUUAUAAUAAUUACUAAUUAUAUUAAAUUUAAAUAUGAUUUACGUUCUAAUGCUGCUGACCCUCGAUCAAUAUACGUUAAUAUUUCCCUUUCUCCUACCGUUUUAAAAAUGGUUUCAACCACCCCAUCGAUCUCCCCCUCUAUACACGUGCAAGCACAUACAUUUAUACAUACUUUUCAAUUGUAAAAUAUGAAGAUUUUUGACGAAGGAAACACUCUAGAGAAAAGAAAUCACUUAUGUUCGAAUUCAUCCAAAAAUCCCACCCCUUCUGAUCCAUAUCCCCGAUAACUCCCUUCCAUUUUUAAAUAAUCGCAGCCAUCGCGAUUAUCGCGGUGAUUUUUGAACGUAACCGAGAUCCAUUGUACAUUGUAUAAAUGAUAACGCGUUCUUUAAAAGAAGAAAAACGUCAGGAAAUUACUAUUCCCAAUACGUGUGUAUCUAUAUCUUUUCGCGCCAUUCUUUCCCUACGCCUUUACAACACGUUCACACAUUAGUUCAAACAUAUUAUACACAUCAAGCAUUUCAAUUGUAUUAUAUAUACUGAUCACACAAGACGGUUGGAAAGAGCACCUCUCAGCUGUUUUCAAUAACAUCGUACUUGUUCCUUUUAAUCGAACUUUCGCAUUGUAAAAGGACACGCAUAACUAUAUUUUCUCGUAUAAUUUUUCCUUUCUGUCAUCCUGGAAAUCGACUGGUUCGCUUUAACGAUUAGCUUCGUACAUCGUGCAUGCAUCAUGUAUUUUUGCAUCACUUUCUAUAUUCCUAAGAUUUUGUUGUGAAGCAGUUCAUCGAUAAAAAUAAUCAAUUUCAUAGCGUUCUUUCCCCAAGGAUUUUCUUUUGUACAAUUCACCUAUAUACUACUUUUACUUCAUUUCGGUGACUUUUACGCAUACUUCGUUGCGUAGGAGGAUUUUUAUAUUUGUUUAAGACGUAUUCCUAGAGGAAUAAAAAUUGAGAUCAAAAUUGAAAAUUUAUUAUUCCAUUUUUUAAGACAAAAUUGGAAUAACCUGCAGCUUGUUCUUAAGAGGGAUUUUAGAAAAUUCGAAGAACGGAAAGCAUUUCGAAGUAGAACGUUUCAUCUAAAUCACUUCACGAGUAUGUAUGUAUAUAAUUAUUCUUCAUCGAGAGAUUCUCGACGGUUGUACAAAAAGAAAAUCUCGCUAAGUUUUUAAAUUCGACGUUCGUGUGCGCCACACAUUUGCCACACCUAUUUGUAUACAUUCGAAAAAAGUAGAAGUUCGUUGCGUGUUGCAUUCUCACAGCCGAUAGAUAGUUGUAAUAAGAUCGAGUUGUAUCUCAACUGUGUACAAUGUAUAAUAUUUUGUUAACUUAGAUGUUAAACGUGUAGAAUUCUAAAAAGAAACAAAAAAUAGAGGAACAAGAAAAAAAAGAUAGAAGGAACCAGCGCAAACAACUCAAGGUCCGUCAGGGUUUUGUACAAAAAAGAUAGGAAAAAGAAAAGGGAAAAGGAAAGAAAAGGAAAGAGCUAAAAAGAAAGAAGAGGAAGAAAAUAGCCGCUUUCUUUGUAACAUAUUGUAAAUAACGAUUUAUUAACGAAAUUGACAAAUUUUUAGGUAAACCCUUUCUCUCUUUCUCUUUCGUCUUUGCUGGAGGAUUGCUGUCAAAAAGUAAUAAUGGCGCGACAGGUUCAAAAGUAGGGAGGAAAUGUUUGGAAAUGUUUAGGAGGGGAAGUGCGUAAGACUCAGUACUUAUAGGGUUUUAAACGACCGUUCGUUCUUUCUCGUUUGCUUCCCUCCAAUCUGCCCACGGAUUCUCUGAGUAAUUCGAUCGAUUGGUACUGGUACUCGUGGAGAAUGGAUGAUAACGUACGCGAGCUACCGUUCCCCACACCUGAAUUCGAUCUUUUCGGAAAUCGCUGAGAGGAGGCUGCUCGUUUUAGAGCCGCGAAUAGCAAACAAAAGAAUAUCGAGGACAUAGAAAAAAAAAGAGAAAUUAAAGAUGAAAAACAGUGUCACAUGUACGAUAUAAACGAAACGGAAAAACUCAACAUAUACAGGACAGAGACAUUCCAACCGCCACUUUUCACCCUCAGCCGACAGGAUACUUUGCCGUUUUUAAAACGCGGGUUACAUAAAUAUGCAACGUUAAUAUGUUGUAUUAAUAUUUAAUAAGGAAUGACGAUAGUUCCUUCGUCCGUGUAAAUCGCGCGCAUCAUCUGUAAAUUAAACGUCGGAAUUCAACAUCUCAUUUGUAAUAGAACCAUCGAUAAUCACCCUGUCGAGUUAGGAAAAAAAAAAAAACGCAAAAAAUGAAUACCGAAGAGUCACUCAACAAAAGCGAAAAUCGAACGCAAAAUCUCAUGUCUUAUCAGCUAAGGUUAUUCAUUAUUAUUAUACUUUUAUUAUUAUUAUAAUUAUAUUAUUAAUAUUCUUAUUAUGAUUCUUAUCAUUAUUAUUAUGAUUCUUCUUCUUAUUAUUAUUAUUAUUAUUAUUAUUUCUGCUAUAAUUAUCAAUAUUGUUUGAUUACCUUUCCUCUACGGAUUAUUAUUGUUAUUACUAAUAAUUGCUUUAUACACACUUUUAUAUAUAUAUAUAUAUAUAUAUAUACAUACAUACAUACAUACAUGCAUACAUAUAUAUACAUAUAUAUAUAUAUAUAUGUGCGUAUAUAUAUAUAUGCAAACACGAGUAUGACAAACACACGUAUAUAACGCUUUAUAAAUAUGAUACAUAAAAUAGUACGAACACAUUUUUUUAUGCUCCGGCUUUUUCAUUUUGCCCUUUCGAAGCAAGAAUAAAAGAAAAGAUACGAAUCUUUACUUUAAUUAAAAGAUAAAAAAUGAAAAAAAAAACAGUUUAGUGCAAAUGUUUAGCGAUAGGUUGACAACCUUAUUGCUGUCGUGUUAUAUAUAUAUAUACAUCUCUACUUAAGCUUCUGAGGAAUGGAAAAGAAAUUCAUCAAUAACUUUUGAUUAUAAAUAGUGUAAAUUUUUUAUAUAGCGCGUGAAGGAUGAAAUAAGUAUUGGUUGCGCGACUUCUACGAUGUGCACGUGCACCAUGUAUAAAACAAAACGUAAAGAGCGGGAAAAAGAUGAAAAAAUCGGAAUUAUACGUUUAUGGUACACAUAACAUUACACACGACGGUUUUUCGAUUUUUUUUUUUUUGUAACUUUGAACUUUGUAUUUUUUCACCGUUCGUUCUUUUCCUGCAUUACGGAUUGUGCGAUCUCAGAUCCGUCUGCGAAAUUUGUCUAGUUAUAGCGAAUCGUACAUCCUAUUCCUUGAGAGCGUGUACUCUUUGUAAAAUAUGUAAAAGUGCGAUACAUAUUAUUCAGUAUUUCUGUGUACGCAGUUUGGUAUGUCUUUUUGUAAAUUUCUGUGCUAUUAUACGAUUCGUCACCGAGUAAUGAAAAAUUUUGUUAAUAAAGGAUCCGAAUCGCGGGAUUUGUAACGCAAA